AUGUCCCUGGCAGCAAAAGUCAAUGUCAACAAAACCCCUCCAAGCUUCUCUCCCGUUGACCAUAUCGCAGACAUCUCCAUCUCACCAACGAUCUUGUACGCUGCUGCUCAAGAAAGUACGGUGGAACCGACACCGUUGGUGGCUGGUGUGCGGUUUUUGCUCGAUUUCUCCCCCCUCGACUCCGCAGCAGCAGCCUCGUCUCGUCUGUCUCUCGCUGCUCCGCCGUCCCGUUGCAAGCUUGUCUGCACCUCGCUGCACCACCGACCCCAGACUCCACGCGCAAUUGGCUGGGCCCUUGAAGCAGCGCCAGCACAUCAAGCACCUCGAGCAAUCCCAGCCGCUCCUGGACAACAACAAAGCUCUGCCAGUCACCCAGCCUGUGUCCGAGGUCCGCUUCCUGCCAGAGAAGAAUCCAAGAAGGCCAGGUGUGCGCAUCACAUUGCGACCAGUCCUCUGGAUCCGCCCCCAAAACCGCUCGAACUCGGCAUUGGAUUCGAGCUUAGAGGACCUACUUUGUACAAGCUAGCUUCGAGGAGGCCACCGCCUAUCCCGCCGCCAUCUUCCAUCUUCUUCCCAUCGCCUCGCAUCCAACCGCCCUCUCCGGCCGACACCAGCAGGAGGUUGCAUAUCGCCUGCAGCAACCCCUCUCUCUUUGACUUCCAGGUUCUGUUUAUCGACGCAAACUGCCCCGCUGCCGAGAGAAUCCCUGUCCGCCUUGCUCCUAUCAACAACAGCCGUCCGUCUCGUUGCGCCGCCACUCACUUUUUCUCCUUCGACAGGCCGCCCGCCACUCGGCCUCAUCGAUUCUGUGCACCUGUUCUGCUUCUCUGCUCACAUUCCCUCAUUCUGAUGAUUCUGGACUGCGACUGUUAA